CCGAGUUUCUCAAUCAAAACAACACCCAAAAAGCAAAAACACCUCUCUUUUGGGGUUUUCUGUACAUUUUGCUAUGUGUUGCAUAUAAACAACAGAAGUUUUUUUUUCUCUGUAUCAGAGUGAGAAAGAAAGAAAGAAACAAAGAGAGAAGAAAGAAAGGGAUGGCACUAGAGGCUGUGGUGUAUCAACAAGACCUGUUUGGUCACAGUAGCAAAGAACUCUACAAUUUGCUAGGAGGGAGUUGGAGCUAUGAUGACUUUAGCCUGGAAAAGGAAGAUUAUGAUAAAGCUUGCUCUUUUAAUAGUUUUCUCGAGAAUCAAUCAGAAAAUUUCCUUCAUGGGGAUUGGAAGUGCUCUUCUCCACCACCACCUUCUGUGUUCUCUCAUUUCAGUGAAAUGCGACAAAUUAACACAUCCCCAGAUGCUGAAAAUGCCAAAAAUGGACUAACUACUGCUGCUUCUGCUACUGAUCACUUAUUGGAUCACUCUCCCUCAUCCACGAUGCCUGCUGCUCGAGCCAAGAGACGUCGAUCCAGGAGUAGAAAAAACAAAGAAGAGAUCGAGAAUCAGAGAAUGACUCACAUUGCGGUCGAGCGCAAUCGAAGAAAGCAAAUGAAUGAGUAUCUCUCCGUUCUUCGAUCUUUAAUGCCUGAAUCUUACGUUCAAAGGGGUGAUCAAGCAUCAAUUAUUGGAGGGGCCAUUAAUUUUGUGAAGGAGCUGGAGCAACGCUUGCAAUUGCUUGGUGGGAAGAAAGAAACAAAGGAAAAAUCUAAUGGUGGAGGAGAAGUCACUUCGCUGCCUUUCUCUGAAUUCUUUACAUUCCCACAGUACUCAAUUAUGACGAGUUCAACUCGGAGCGAAAACUCGGUGGCAGCAGUGAAUGAAACAAUGAGUGCGACACAGUCUUCUGCAAGUAUAGCAGAUAUAGAAGUGACCAUGGUGGAGAGUCAUGCAAACCUCAAAAUUAGAUUGAAAAGGAGACCAAAGCAGCUUCUGAAAGUUGUUUCUGGGUUACAUACUAUGCGUCUCACUAUCCUUCACCUGAAUGUCACAACUCUUCACCAAAUUGUCCUUUAUUCUAUAAGUGUUAAGGUUGAAGAUGAUUGCAAGCUGAGUUCAGUGGAUGAGAUUGCCACAGCAGUGAAUGAGAUGCUAGGUAGGAUUCAAGAAGAGUAUUCUAUGAUGAAUUGACAAAUUAAGUUUUAGUUUUACUUUGUAAUUUGGUUAUCUUUUUUUUUUUUUUUUUUUUUUCUUUUGGGGUUUGCCUUCAUAGAUUACCAUAUGUGGGCAUUUCUUGAUUUUUAGGCUGCUGGCCUUUGAAAGGCUCACUGCAACUAAUGUCUCUCCCAUUUCAUCUUAGUGUUAGCUUUGUUAAUCUUCUGCAGCUGCUCUAAUUUGGAGGUUUCUGUUUCUCUA